AGAGUAGCUGGGCGACGCGGGCGCGUAGCAGAUUCGCCCAGUCCUGAGCAGAAGGGCGCCUUUGUACCACCAGUUUGACGCUCCAUCUGAUGCAGAUUGCUGCUGAGUAGGGUCCUACAGCCUGCUUCUGCUGCUUUCCAAUCAGUGAUUUGUUGGAGCUUGUCGCGAACCACAACGGGUUGAAAGUCCAUGCAGAAAAGGGAGGUGAAGAGUGCAUGUGCUUCGGAACGUGUAAACCUUUAUGGAAUACAGGCAUAUUAUCACAAAUAUUAUCAGACAGAUUUCUAAGUAACAUGGGUGCCACCUGCAGAGCUUUCAGAUGACUGCCAACCGGUCACAAUAGUGCACAUAGGCAGCGGAAGCCUAGGGAGCACUUUAAGUUGCUUCAAUGUUACUUAGCUGAUCAAGGGCCACUUUGACAAGUGCAGACGACGCUGCCUUGAGAACGGGCGAAGAUGGUCCAGUUGCAGGAGUUCCGCAUUGUGCUCCCGAUGACAGUGGAAGAGUUCAAGCGGGGCAUGCGUUAUUCUAACUGGAAGACAAACGAGCAACAAACGCAAGAGGGGCAGGGAGGGCAGCUACUGAGCUCCUCCCCCUUCUACGACGAGCAAUACGGCGAGGGCACGUUCUCGCACUCAGUGUACCGACUGGGGGACCGCUUACCAGACUGGGUCACAAAGCUGGUCCCAGCAAACGCGUUGGUGAUCGAUGAGAAGACAUGGUCCACGUUUCCGUACCUGAGAACUGUGAUGACAUGCCCUUUCUUCAGCAAGUUGAGGAUCGAGGUGCAUUCCAUCCAUCUAGACGACGACGGGUCCGACCCGAACGCCUUAAACCUCGACCCAGAGGAGCUUGCGCAGCGGAAGAUCGACUACAUGGACAUUCUGAUGGACAAAGUGGCAAAACGAGACUACCGCCCCGACCAGGACCCGGGCCUUGUCGCGUCGAAGCUCACAGGACUCGGCCCUCUUAAGCCUGGCUGGCAGAAAACGGCGUCCCCGACAAUGUGUGCGUACAAGGUAGUGAAAGCCUAUUGCGGGUAUUGGGGCGUCCAGAACCGGGCGGAGAAGUUCAUAUGCAAGGGGGUCCGGGACAUCUUCCUGCUGACGCAUCGAAACUGCUUCUGCUGGCUGGACCUGUGGUACGGGCUAUCUUUUGAGCAGAUUAUCCAACUGGAGAGCUUUGGACGACAAAAGAUGAAGUCAGCGGUGAAGCAGCCUGACAUCAUCGACCCCAAGACGGGCAAGCCGAUGGUCAUAGAGGACGACGCGGCUAGCGUGGCGUCGAGUCAGGAUGCGCCACGUGGCAAACUGCGAGACAGGAAGGGCGAGGAGGAUAGAAGAGGCGAAAGGCGGCGCAUCCGGCGGGACGACUCCUGGGAGAGCGGCAGCGAGACUGGCGGGCCGCGCAGCUCGGUGGAUGAGGAGAGCGACACGUCAGACAUGGAGGCGGAGUUCUACGAGGCCCUGAUGGAGUGGGGGUCGCCCGAGGACAGCGAACCGGAGCCAGAUAUGGGCGUCUCAUUCGGCCUGCGGAACUCCUUCCGGCUGACCGUUUCGCCGGAUUCCGCCUCCGUGCCGGAGGACGAGCGGUGCCAGGUUUGUGCGCAGGGGCGGGGCGGUGUGUCACGGGCCAGCUUUGCAUGCGAGACGUGCGGAGAGAUAUUCUGCGCCGCGUGCUUUGGAGAGUGGCACGUGACGACAAAGCUUCGGACCCACAAGCGGACAGCGCUGAAGUUCAAGGACCCUGUGGCGUCAGCGGAGGCCUCAAGCCGGCGGCCAUCGACGCUCGCGGUGGGCGAAUCUCAAGCGGAGCCGUCCACAAGUAGUCUUGUCACGGCGUCGAGCGUCCCUAUUCCAAUCGCUUCCAGAAGCCCCCUCGGCUUGGAUCGAGCCACGUCUCAGCCCCCCGCAACCGCAAUAAAGCCCCACGGCGACUCUGGCAAACCGCCCAUCGCCGCAUAUGGCCGAAGCAACAGCGGGGGCAGCCGAGCAGUAACCGAGGAGUACAAGGACCGGGGCGCGCUCGUGGAAGAAAUUGAGCGGCUGAAAUCGAACGGCGCGGAUUUGACGGACGUUCGGGUGGCGGAGACCGUUCUGGAGCUGUACGAUUUCGGACGCCCGCAGCAGACGGCGCCCUGGAUGCAGGAGAAGACGAGCGCGCCACUGAACACGCCGGUCUCCGAGCCGGCAAGCACCUCCGGCCGCAACAGCCCCCGCCGCUCCCCCUCUUCCCACUCCCUCGAGUCUCUCGGCGCCGUGAGCCCUGCACCCCGCUCCCCUCUGCAAAUCUCGCAAGACAUGCUGCGGGCAAUAAUGACCGUUUACCUCGCCGGGGGGCAGCACAGGCAGGCAAACGGAGACCCCUACGGCGUGAGGGUGAAUAAUGCGGUGGACGAUAUUGGGGCGUAUAAGGCUACGGUCGAGCUGCUGACGAUUAAGGGCGAGGCGGGCGUGAUGAUGGAGUCGAAGGCGUUCCUCAAAUUCAGGAUCUUGGCGGAGUUGCUGAUCGAUGCUGAAUUACGGGACCUGAGCCACGAGGAGAAGCUCGCGUUCUGGAUCAACGUCUACAACACGCUUCUGCUGCACGCGUACCUGGUGAACGGCCUGCCCAAGAGCCACGUGAAGCGCAUUUUCCUGAUGCAGCGCGCGUGCUACCACAUAGGCGGACUCGUCUACUCGAGUCUCCAGAUAGAGCACUCAAUCCUGCGCGCGCAAUCAUUCCGCCCGGCGCUGGCGGGGCUGCUCCCUGUGCAUCGGUUCAAGAGCGGAGACCCCCGGGGCGGGAUGGCUCUAUCCAGGCCCGAACCGCUGGUCAGUUUCGCCCUCUGUUCCGGCUGUCGAAGCGGCCCUGCCCUGCGAGUGUACAGUGCGGAAUCCAUCGCGGAGCAACUAGAGACGGCGGCUCGCGACUUCCUCAGAGCGGCGGUGGGCUUCUCGCGCAGCAAAGUCCUGGUGCCAAAAAUCAUGCACUGGUACGCCAAUGAUUUCUCCACCGACGCCGCAUCCCUCUUGGAUUGGGUCGCAUCCAAAGUGACCGACAACCAGGCGCAGGCCAUCCGCGAGCGGCUGCUGGGCAAGAAGGGCCACGGCUCAAAGUGCAUGGACGUACAGAGCUAUCAAUGGGACUUCCGCUACCUGAUUCUCCAGGAACCCCAAGGGCAAGCAUAAUAUAACGAGGUUGAUUUGGCAAACUGUAUUUACUCCAGCGUUGCGCGCAGCUGCGGCCGUGAGUUUUGGGAGUCCGAUCGGUAGUGCUUGUUGCAUAAGCGCAUCGGCUGCCAGUCAGCGAAUCGCUUUGGAUUGAGGAACUUGUCACGUUUCCCCUGAGUCGGUCAUAGGUCACGAACAUUAUAGGUUCUGAGAUGGGUUGUAAGUAUUAUAAACAAGGAUCCACCAUAUAAACAGAGAACGAGCUCAUUGGACCAAGCCAUACGGCUAGCAAACGUCAACGUGCACAAAGCAGGCUCUUUCCAAGCACGCAUUGGGUUGCUGGUGCACUGCCUGUCAUGUC